AUGAAACAUCCCCUUUUAAUAGCAACUCAUAUUUUAUGGGCUGCAAUUGCAUCCGUGAUUUAUGCGGAUGCAAUUGCAACCCAUAAUGGAUUCGUUUCUUGUAUGAAAGAUUACUUUGUUUCAUUUGCUGAUACCUCGAGGUACGUGUUCACGCCGGAUUUGCCGGUGUAUUCAUCCCUCGUUUGGUCUCAACAUAACCCGAGGUGCUCGAAUUCGACUGCGUCUCAGGAACCGAUUGCUAUUGUUACGCCAUUAAACGAAGAUGAGAUACGGGUGGCUAUUAUUUGUAGCCGAGAGCACGGGUUGCAGGUCAGGAUUCGAAGCGGAGGCCAUGAUUAUGAAGGACUGUCGUACCUUUGCAAAGUACCUUUUGUGGUUAUCGACAUGAGGAACCUUCGCUCGAUUAGCAUCGACAUUGAGGACGAGACAGCGUGGGUCCAAUCAGGGGCGACGCUCGGGGAGCUUUACUAUAGCAUAGCGCAAAAGAGUCGGACUCAUGGGUUCCCGGCAGGGGUAUGUCCGAGUGUCGGUGUUGGCGGGCACUUCAGUGGUGGAGGGUUCGGUGCGAUGGUGAGAAAAUACGGCCUAGCGGCAGAUAACGUCAUCGACGCUCACUUGAUUGAUGCGAAUGGAAAUCUUCUCAAUAGAGAAGCGAUGGGCGAAGAUCUUUUUUGGGCGAUCAGAGGUGGAGGAGGAGCAAGUUUUGGCGUCAUCAUCUCGUGGAAAAUCAAACUCCUUAGGGUUCCACCAAAAGUUACGGUUUUCAACGUUUACAAGACCAUGGAUCAACACACCACGGAAAUCGUUCAUCGUUGGCAACAUGUGGCACAUACGGUGAAAAACGAACUCUUCAUAAGAGUAAUCAUUCAGUAUCUGCAGGACGACAAAAAUACGUCCGUUCAAGUGUUGUUCAAUUCGCUUUUCUUGGGAGAACUCAACGAGCUAAUCCCGUUGAUGAAUGAAAAAUUCCCCGAGUUAGGUCUAAAACCGAACGACUGUAUCGAAAUGAGUUGGAUAGAGUCGGUUCUUUUCUUAGCAGGAUUUCAAGGGAAAUCCCCGAAAGUGUUACUAGGCAACGACACCGACCCUUACGUUAGCUACUUUAAGGCAAAAUCCGAUUUUGUGACGAAACCUAUACGGAAACAUGUGUUCAAAGGGAUACGAGAAAGGUUUCUGGAACAAAAAUUCGCUUUUAUGAUAAUGGAUCCGUUUGGUGGGAGGAUGAGCGAGAUUUCAGAAUCACAUCUUCCAUUCCCGCACAGAAAAAGAAAUUUGUACAACGUUCAGUAUUUGGUCAAAUGGGAAGCAAACGGUGUUCGAGCAUCAAACGAGCAUAUACAUUGGCUCAGGUUGCUAUACAGGUAUAUGGAGCGUCAUGUUUCAAGACAUCCGCGAAGUGCGUACCUUAACUAUAGGGAUCUGGACCUCGGAACGAACCGUGAGGGCAACACAAGCUACUCGGAAGCUAGGGUGUGGGGUGAGAAAUACUUCAAGGCCAAUUUCAAGAGAUUGGCACACGUUAAGAGCAGAGUAGAUCCAGAUAACUUCUUCAGAUAUGAACAAAGUAUCCCACUUUAUAAAACCUCUACAGGAAGAAAAUAA